AGCAUUUCAUUUCAAAAGAGCAAGGAGUGUAAACAAUACUUCAGAGUCGUUUUCAAGCAACAGCACAGACAGAAACAAAUAAAUGAUAUGGUACACAAUAGGGCUGUCAAUUAAGCCUCAAAAUAGCAAUCGAUUAAUUGGGCACACAAGUAAAUAUCGACGAUUGUACCGCCCAUAUACAUUUUGGCUCUCUCCCCGCGACGGUAUUAUUUUAAUAUCAUUGCUGUUCAGUAAAAGCUUGUGCACAACAAUUGAAUACGAGAGGUAAUUACGCGCUAGUAGCGUCAGGAGAGAAAAAUAAAAAACAACAACACAAGUUAGAAUUUUAGACCCGAAUAGACACGUUUUCUUUGUUUUGACUCGGUACUGAUCAAAUAAAUUCCUGGAUGGGACAAAUAACAUGACAACGAACGUGUUGCAGAUAUGGACUUCAUUAAAGAAUGCUGGAUGCCCUUGGGUCACUGAGUUUUGGGACUGUUUCUAAUCGGUGUCCACAGCUGUAUAACUUGGCAAAGCUUUGCCUUACACUUCGUUGCUUUUACCUAUAAAACGCCAGGUCUGGCUGUAUUCAGGAAAGGCUGCUUAGUUUCUUUAUGGUCUGCUGUGUUUUCCGAUCGGAGUUCCAUCUGCGACUUGGUAUGUCAUGGUGGCUCCCAUUUCAAAAAACCAAGACAAAACAACUUUAGGAGAAAAAGCAGCCGCUUCUUUAAGAUCUACAGUGAUGAGCCUGGAGCCCCCUCUCAAACCCACUGUGGAAAAGCAAGCCACGCCUGUGAAUGUGCCCAAAUCUAUGACAAAGAAGUCUACCGUAGAAAAGCUAAGACCACAGACCCCAAAGAAGCCCUGGAGGAUCGAGGACUUUAUACUCUACCCCAAGUGGGACAUAGAGGAGGACUACCACCGGGACCCUUCUGCAAAAAAGACAACCUGCCCAGAGUCUAUAAGGUCCAGGUCUGCUGAAAUUGAUUGGUUUAAGCAGCUCUUCAUCCCUGACAUCAGCCUCUUCAUGCACAAAGAGCACUUUAAUGAUGAGGAGUGGAAGAGGCUGGAACAUUUCAACCCUCCGUAUGGAUGGAUGGGGACUAAUUACACAGAAGUCAAACAGGCUGUGGAAUUGAUACCUAGGCCAAAGGAACAGAAAGUCCUGCUCAGUCCCAAGAGGAAUGACGGUUGUAUCCGCUGUGCUGCUGUUGGGAAUGGAGGGAUCUUGAACGGCUCUCGGAAGGGUGCUGAAAUCGACUCGCAUGAUUACAUAUUCCGUGUGAACGGGGCUGUUAUCAAAGGCUUUGAAGAUGAUGUUGGAGUGAGAACCUCAUUUUAUGUCCACACAGCUCAAACCAUGCUCUCGUCUCUCGGGGAUUAUAAGGAAGGUUUUACCAACGUACCCAUGGAUAAGGAAAUAAAAUACAUCAUGGUUACAGAAGAUAUGAGGGAUUACCAAUGGCUAAGAGCAUUACUGCUGAAUACUACGGUUUCCAGAGGACCCUAUCUUGAAAUGAGGCCAAGGUCGUAUUUUGGGACGGAUUUCACACCAGAAAACUAUUUGGUUGCUCACCCUGAUUUUAACAGAUACAUUAAAAACAGGUUCUUGAAAUCAAAAACUGUUGAAGGAAUAGAUUGGGCCAUCUACAGACCAAGCACCGGAGCCUUCGCUCUGCUCCUGGCUCUGCACCUCUGUGAUGUUGUCGAUGCCUAUGGAUAUAUCACAGAAGACUAUGCCAAAUAUCCAGACCACUACUAUGACAAGACAAAGACAAAAACUGUGUUUUACGGCAAUCACGACUAUGCAUUGGAAAUCAAGGAGUGGAAGAAACUGCAUGAUACUAAAAUCAUGAACCUGUAUCAAGGGAGAUAGAGAACAUUCCUAUUGACAUUUUAUUAGAUACGUGUUUAUAAGGAAAUCUGCUGUGGCAGGUAUAUCCAUUACAGAAAACCAUGUGUUUUUUGUUAGAUGGUAGAAAACUGUUUUAAAGUUUGCAAAAAAACCUGCUCAAAGUGAAUAACUAGUAUUUACGUAGAUUAACACUUGCUAUUUUUUAUAAUAAAAAGUCACCCGUGACUUUUUGAGAUAUGAAUACAUGUACCAUGCUGUGAAGUUAUAUAACACUAGAAGGUUUUAAAGUAAAAUACAUUUGUAUGUCUUGUUAGAAUUCAUGUGAACUAA